CGAAACGUACAAAACCCUUGCUACUCAAAGUGUGGUCUGUGGACCAGCAUUAUUAGCAACACCUGGGAGCUGGUUUAGAAAUGCAAAUUCUUGGAUUCCACCCCAGACCUACUGUAUCGAAGUCUCCAUUUUAAUGAGACCCCCAGGUAAUUCUUGUGCAUAUGAAAGUUUGAGAAGCAGUCUCCAGAUUAAUGAGAAGUACACACACUUAAAGGAGAGUAAUUACUGUAUCUCCCAACAAUUUUCUAGAGUUUUCCUUAACAUCCAGCUAUUUCGCCCUGAAAAACUCAAAGCACCAGAGAGUGAUGGGAAUAAAUCCUAGCGUCUGCUGCCACCUUGUGGUGGGAAGUUUCAAUCUAUCCAGAAUUUGCUCUUUUCCAUGAAAUAAAUGGGGAAAUGUUAGAAGGAAGGAGUGGAUCAACUACUCCACUGUUUUCAGCCCUAUGCUUUGAGACACCACUACAAAAUUGCAAGAUAUGAUAAAACAGCCCUUGAGCUAAAUAACAACUGUUUUUUUUCAUGUGUGAGUCCAGGACAGAGAGUAUCAUCAGCUCUAGUUGCGAGAUCUAACAAAAGCUGGAAUCACUGGUAUUGCUAUAGGUUCUUUCCUCUUUGGAAUUCAGCAUGCAUAUCUGAAUGUGAUAAUCAAUUGGUAUGUGAAUAUUUUAUUACCAACCCAAAUGGCGGUGGUUAGAUAAUCAAGUCACCUUUUCUACAUUUGCCUUGCCCAGGAAUCUACAACACAUAUUCCACAAAGUGAAAGGGAAUUUCCCACCACUCUGCCAAAUGCAUCAUGGGUGACGUGUGUGAAGUGGUAAACAGGGUCAGUGCCACAAAUGAUGUCUCUAACACCUGGAAGGGAAUAAAAAAGAGAUUCCAAAAAUUUCCUACAUACUCUAUCCCAAAGGGCCCAGAAGUUAAAAGUGCCUCAGUCACUGGAUAAUUGUGUUUCAAAGUUUGUGAGCUCAAGAACUAAAGAAAUCCAAAUAGCUACUACAGGUGAAGGUGACAGCAAUGGAUCAUCCUCAACUAUAUCUACCAGAGGCCUCUAAGGUUGCUUAUGGAAGAGUUGGCCAGUACCGAAGGUUUCAGCAACGCAGAAGGAAAAAUAGCUCGUUCAAAAGGAAAGGGAUUGACAGAUGGCAUAGAGCUGGGUCUACCAACUUAGUAAAACAAAAUGUAUUGGUCCCCAAAGAGGAAUCCUCCAGUGAUAGUGACAUGGAAUUUUGUGAAAGCCAGCAAAAUCAGAAAAAAAAUGUGAUGAAGAAAGUGAAGACUGUUUUGGGGAUGAUGUUGCCAUACAAGGACAGAAGCAAACCAGCAAGUGUCAGUGGAGAGGGCUUCUCUAACCAUAAGGAAACCUGCCUUUCAGACACACAGAAACUUCUUCCUAGAGUCGUCAAGAAGUUUCCAUCACGCAAGCUGUUUACCAAACCAAGAAUGGGAAUGCUCUUGCAGCAUGCAUCUAUACAACUUGAUGUUGUAGAAGCAGAAACAGAGGAGAUAACCCAAGGAAAUACACUCCUCUGGACCAGGAGAACCACCAAGCGUUUAUCUGUGACAUCCCUUCCUUUAGGACUGCAAAAGGUUCCGUAUUCCUCAAAAAAGAGACCACGCUUCCUAGCACUUAAAAAAAAGAAACAUGGCAUGGAAAAUAUCCUCUAAAAAUCAGAUUUGACAGUAGGAAAGCUUCAAAUGCAGGUAGAUGACCUCAUGGAAACAGUGACUGAUAAGUCCAUGAAGUUACUGGCCCAAAGACAUGCUGAGCUUCAAUAGUGUGAGUUUCUAGGGGAGGAAAUUCUUCAGUCUUCUAAGCAGUUCCAGAGGAUUUCCAAGAGAACCAUGAGAAAGUAUAAAUUGAGAAUGUAUGUUUGCCAUGUACCUGCUGCUGCUUCUGAUUUUGUUCCUGACUGCAUAAAAGUUAUCUUCAUAAGGAUUCUUAUCUUUUGCUACAUAAUAUCCUGA